AUGGGACCGGAUUCAACAUCCACCUCCUCGCCCACACAAACUGCCGACACGCCGCAGCCGGGCCAUUCACGGUCUCCGACGGCCGCCAUGGAUGAGACCGCCACCAGCGGGAGCAGCAGUAUGACCCGCCUCGGCAUCGGGAGCAGCGGCGGCCUCGGCGGCGGCGGCAACGGUGUUCGAAAGAUUGAGCGUUCCUGCAAUCUCUGUCACCGCCGCAAGAUUCGCUGCGACAAGAAGCAACCCUGCGCGUCGUGCGCCCGCGGCGGGUUCCAAUGUCACUAUCCGCAGGCGGGGCAGCCGAUACGCCGAGCACGAAAGACUACCAUCGCCGACGUUGCAAGCCGGAUUUCGGACCUGGAGAAGACGCUUGUGGCCGGGGCGGCAGGCCAGCAACACCAGCAGCAGCUGCCGGCUUUCCGGGGCUCACCAUCGGUCACGACCCCGAUGACGAGUUCUGGCUUGGGUCUGGAUUCAAUUCACUCUACUACAUCAGUAUCGAGGUCAACAACAGCGCCAGCUUCGGGGCCGUUUGAGAAGAGUGUCGGCGAUGAGAUUCUUAUACGGAAGGGGUCGUCGAGCCAAUACUUCGACGAUGUCCUGAUUUCUCGGGUCAUCGAGGAGGAACAUGACAUCCAGUCAGUUCUCACAACGCCACGGAGCGAGCCGGCGGCUGCAGCGGAACUGUCGCCCUUCAAUCCGAUGGGCAUUCUCUCAGCACCGGAUCUCAAACUGGAUCUUGCCGAACUUAUUCCUCCAAAGUUUGGCGCUAUAGAACUAUGGAGGAACUACAUCGACAAUAUCGAGAUUUGUAACAAGGUACUCCACCGGCCGACGGCAGAAGUCCUUAUCUACACCGCCAUCGACGACCCCCGCAACGCCUCCUUGGAGGCAUUAGCAGUCAUGUUUGCCAUCUUUUUCGUCUCGACUGUUGUUCUAGAGCCGAACUCUGUCCAAAGUCUCACGGGCGAGGACAAGGUGACGACCCUCUAUCGCUUCAAGACAGGGCUCGAGCAAGCCUUUGCCAAGGCCGACUUUCUCGAACACCCCUCUGUGAAAAUGCUCGAAGCCUUAUCUUUGUACCUGGCGGCUCUCAGGAUACAUAAUCCAGGUCGGGGCUUGUGGACCUUGAACGGACUGGCCAUCCGUGCAGCUCAAUCCAUCGGCCUGCACCGAGACGGGACGAAGCUCGGGCUCUCGCCUUUUGAAUCCGAGAUUCGGAGGCGCAUUUGGUGGAAUCUUAUCACGCGUGAUGGCAGAGCAGCGGAGGAUUAUGGCUUUUCAAACAUUUCAAGCUUCAACAUGCGAAUCGGCGUGAGCUUCCCGUCGAAUCUAGACGACGGAGACCUGUAUCCCGAGAUGAAGGAGCUUCCACACUCCCGAACCGGCUGGACGACAUCAACAUUGGCACUGAUCAACAUCCAAAUUACGCGCGCAUGGCACCGUCUCGCGGCCAUGGUGUCAUCGUGGGCAGAAAACCCCACGCCGGAAUCCGUCCGCGCCGAGAUCGUCCAGGAACUCCACGACUACGCAGAGAGAUUCCUCCGACACUGCAAUCCCGUCAUACCGCAACAGCGCCAGACGUUGUUGGUUGCGCGUUUCAUCAUUCGCAAAGUCGACAUGGUCAGUCGGCAGCAGUGGCUCAACCUUGAGCACCCAGAGGCGCGCGAUUCGUUUGCGACGGAGGAGAAUCUCAUCCAGGCGCUCGGUAUUCUCGAGGACGGCUUGAGCCUGGCGUCGGACGAGCUGCUGCGGCAGUACCGGUGGUCCAUGCGGGCUUAUCCCCAAUAUCAUAUGCUUCUUUACGUCCUGUGGCACUUGUGCGUCAAGCCGGAGGGACCCAGUAUUGAUAGGGCGUGGAAGGUCAUGGACGAAAGCUUCAUUCUCUUAAAGAGCGUAAACGUGAGUUUGGGGCCCGGGGCGAAGAUGACGGUUAUAGAAACCUUGCGGGCCAAGGCGAUGGCGAUACGACAGGGGCUUGGCCAGCAGAGCGGCAGCAACACCGGCGGCAAUGCCAGUGGGAGCGCCGAGAAGGAAUCCUACCCGACGCCGGGCGCCACUGAUGACAGAUCGGAAGCGGAGGGUGUGUAUGGUGGGCUGGACAGCAUAGCGGCCACCGAUGGGAUGGAUUGGGCCGAGAUGAUGCAGGAUUUCCCCGACUGGAGCACGUUGAUGAAUGAGUUUCAAGUGGAUGGCUUGGACUUCCCAAACUAUCUGAAUUGA